UUUUGAGCGUGCCAAGCCAUUUGACGUGUUGGCCAUGGAGAAGUCCUUCCGAUGCGUGACCCAGCGGUGUGAGUCGGCGAAGCUCUUGAUCGACAAUGACAACGAGUACGUUCACAUCGGACGCGGGUUGAUCCUGUACGUGUCGUGGGCGAAGGGAGCAUCGGUCGAGGACCUGCCUAGGAUCGUGAAAACGUUGCUCAAUAUGAGACUUCUGCCUGUGGCGGCCGCUCCAUCCAGGUCCCAGUCCAUUUGUGAAGCAACGCUGGAGCAUGAUCCGAUGCAUGUACUUGUCGUGCCGCAAGCUGCGCUGACGUCCAAGUUGCAGCGAGGCAAGAAUAUUCAGUACCAUGGUCAAUUGACCAAGGACGACGGCGCCGAAGUCGUGUACACCGAGUUCAUUCGAUUACUGCGUGACAUGUCGGCGGACAUCCUGGCGUCGCUGCCAUCUUCAGGUUCAAAGUGCACAAGAUCAACCAACAUACAGCAGUAGCAGCUGAAUCCUAAUCAUAUUGUACUCAUCACGUGUAUACAUACCGUAGGACGCCUUGUCAUCCAGCAUGGGACGUUUGGCAACCGUCAGGCAUUGCAGUUCGAGUCCGACGGGCCCUUCACGCACAUGUUUGACAUGUAGGAAUCGAUAAUACUAACCUGUCCAAAGUAAUGAAAAGAUAUUACAAUAUACUGUCA